AUGGAGGAAGUGCUUGAGCCAUCACUGCGGAAUGUUAUCGAACAAAAAUCUCUGAAAUGGAUAUUCGUCGGUGGCAAAGGAGGUGUCGGGAAAACCACAUGCAGUUGUUCGUUAGCUGUUCAGUUAGCGAAAGUGAGACGAAGCGUUCUGAUCAUAUCAACUGAUCCUGCGCACAACAUAUCUGAUGCAUUCGCUCAAAAGAUUAGUAAAACACCGACAAUUGUCAAUGGAUUCUCGAAUCUUUAUGCAAUGGAAAUUGAUCCCAAAUCAGAUUCAGAUGUGGUACCUCAACUCGUGUCUGCAUCGGAUGUUACUGAAAGAGAUAUGCUGGGAGUUGGUCGACAGUUACUGCAAGAUCUAGUCGGAGGAUUGCCGGGCAUUGAUGAGUCCAUGGCUUUUGCAGAAAUGAUCAAGUUGAUCCAUUCAAUGGACUUCGAUGUAGUGGUGUUCGAUACAGCGCCAACUGGACACACUCUUCGACUACUUCACUUCCCCGAUAUACUCGAGCACUGCUUGUCGAAAAUUCUGACGCUACAGAACUCUUUCUCACCUCUCAUUUCACAGGCCGGCGGUAUGCUAGGCUUAAGUCAGAAUUCAGCAGAAGAAACUGUAACAAAAGUGCGCGAAACACUGGAUUUGGUGAAAAAAAUUAAUGCACAGUUCAAGAAUGAGGAGUUAACAACGUUCGUUUGUGUUUGCAUCGCUGAAUUCUUAUCGUUGUAUGAAACUGAACGACUUAUACAAGAGUUGACCAAGCAGAAAAUAGACACACACAAUGUGGUCGUAAAUCAAUUGGUGUAUCCAGAUAAGGAUGAGACCGGAUGUGUGAAGUGUAAGAAGUGUAAUGCACGAUAUAAGAUUCAGAAGAAGUAUCUGGAACAGGCUCUUGAAAUGAAGAUAAUUUGGAUUCAGAUAGAGGAUUUAUACGAAGAUUUCAACGUGACGAAAUUACCUUUGAUGGACAAUGAGGUGCGUGGAAGGGAUCACAUUUGUCGAUUUAGUGAAUAUUUAAUUGAUCCGUUCGAUCAGAGCAAACAUUCUUCGGGUUUUGACAGCAAUUGA